GGAAAGACACUACAACAUACAUACACAUACAUUUAAACAAAGCUACACAUAGACGCAUAUGUAGAAGGUGAUGCCCGCUCCUUCCUGAUGUGCUUUAAGUAACACCACAACUGCGGCAUUCUCUGUUUCAACGAAGAGACUUUACAUGAUAUUCCCGAGAGAGAAAACUUCAGGCUGAAAUUUGAAUAUUGUUGACUUGGAUUCACUAUGGAAGAUCAAACAGAAAAUACUUUAAGAACACACAAAUCUCUGAAAAGAGAUUCCUGUGACUCAACAACAAGUGUUGAUGGAGUCUACAAUCAAAAGUGUAUAUACUGGAGGAGAGAGAUGUUACAGACACAACCUUCAUCUCAGUCAAUAACAAAACAAAAACGAUGUAAAGAAGACCGUAAAAAGAGGGAAAUAACUGGAAGACGAGGUGUUUUCGAUAAGCACAUAUAUUAUACAAGAUGCGAUGCAUAUGAAGACAAAAUUAAAAUGUUGAUAAACUUCCAGGAAAAAAUAUGUACUUUUUUGAAACACAUAGGACUGGAUAAAAAUGAUUUCCUACAAGAAUAUACACAGAGAAUAGAUAUUUUGAUGAAAGACAUUCAGAAAUACAAUUACAAUGAAGACUUUAUUAUUUUGGCAAAACUUGAAUUGUUCUUGAAACACUAUUUAAAGACAAAUGUUUUACAAGACAAACACAAGACCAUUGAGGCACCAAAAUUAAUCAACAAAUUUCGACCUCUUUCUCCAGUUGUAAUCAGAGAAGCAAGGAUCGAUGAAUCUGAAGAUACUGGUAACAACAUAAUAUCCAAUAUUGUUGCAAUACAAGGGGGAGUAGUAACAUAUUCCCACCAUUGUAUGACAAUAUGUUGUAUGACAAGAAACGGUGACAGAAAUAUUGUUCAUUGCCCAUCUUCUGCCACCGAUUUCACCAGAAUUGCUCAAGGCACUGUUCUGGCCACCCUACCCUUUAGAAAAACUAUUCUUAUUAUUAAUUCCGUAAGCUUUAAAAUCAAAACGCUUCCGUUUGGUUUCUAUAAGGUUUCUUACCUAGAACAUUCUAUAUUUGUGGGUGUAGAAAUGUUUGCGAAGACAAUUUACCUUGUGAACUGGGUUGAUAUGAGAAUUAAAAAUAAAUUCAAUACAAAAGAAAUACCUGCAGAUAUUGCUGUAGGUCCACAGAAUAACCUAUUAAUAUCGUUUUCCAAUAUUAAUAGAGUUAUCUGUUACAAUCUGGAUGGCCAGCAAUUAUUUGAGGUCAUCACUAAUUCUCUGGACCUAGCAACCAACAUCACUGCAUACAAAGAUAAUUUCUAUGUCCUUCAGGGACAUAUUAUUUAUAAAAUUUCAGCUACAGGUCGUGUGGCAAAGAGAGAUGUUGGCAGGAAAUGCCGGCAUAUUUCUGUUGGAACUGAUACUAUUUUAGCAACAGAUUAUUUUGGUGUUGCUCACAUCAUCAGAACAGACAAAGAUUUUUGGCCCAAGCUCUCUUACACUCAACAGCUACGUACCCCCAGUUUGAACAAUCAUAUUUAUAUUGAAGAUUGCUACAACAUAACAAACAUUCUACCAAUGUCAAUAUUUUCUAUAUUAGUAAUCUACAAUAAUAAGAAAAUUAUAUUAUUCGCUGAUACUGGGGAAAUAAUUAACCAAAAUGAUCUAACCUUCCUUGAGAUUCCUUCUAUCGUUUGUAGAUUCAACACAAAUAACUUUCUGGUGUUUUACCGCGAAAUGAAAGGGCUUCAGUUUAUCACCUGUCCUGAACUAAAAAAAGGACCUUUAAUAAGGGUCCACACUGAAUACAUUGAAAUAUGUCAUAUCGUAUCAAAUAAGGUUUUAGCUCUGACCACCAAUGAGAACAAAGAUGAGGUACAUAUUCUGUUGAUCAAGGAGGACAAAGUAGACAUCAUAGAAAGAAUUUCUCUGGGACAUGAAAAUGUCACCAUCGCUGCAACUCCAUAUAAUUUUGUAGUUGUCAACGGAAGGAAAAAUAAACUGGUAUUCUAUUCCACAUCAGGUGAAGAACUUUUUGAAAAAUACCUUCCAUUCUAUGGCUUCCCUCAUCACAUCUACACAGAUAAUGUUUAUUUUUAUGUCCUGUUCAAAAGAGAGUCUGUUGUCGUAUGUUACAGUAUGUUUGGAGAAAUGAAAUGGCAGUGGAAACUACCUUUCCCUGUUUACCCUCACAUUGCUGUUUUCCAAGGAACAGUUUAUGUGCCGGAUGUCGAAUUCCACAGGAUUCUUCUUUACAGGCAUCACGACUGGUCUAGCUGUUGUUUACAUGUCAAAAAUCCUUAUAUCAGAAAUCUAAAUCUACGACUCAAAGAAAAGGAAAAUGACAAACUUCUCAUUGCCAAAAUACGUCAUCUGGCAAAUGGAGAGUUGGUGGUGUCCGACAUAAAUAAUGAUCGCUUGUUAUACAUUUCUAAUGAAGGAGACAUUGUGUUCAAAUUAUCUCUGCCAUCUACUGCUACAGACAUAUGUCGAUGGGAUUCUAAUCAUAUAGGUGUUACAUUACCCCUAGAGAAACAAUUAAGGGUUAUCGGAAACCUAUCAAAAGCAGUUAGAACUGUGCUAUUAAGACAGCCUUAUGUACGGGUGUGUAAGUUGGGUGAAGGUCAAAUUGUUUGUUAUUGUGAUAAACCAUCUCAUUUAGAUAUUUUAGCCAUUAAUAAAUAUAAUCAAGUUGAAAUAAUUCAUAGAAUUGAUAUUCCUUUUGUAGUGAAAUCAUUAGAAAUAGAAAAAGAAACGCUAAAGCUAUUAAUUGUGACAAAGCGAAAAGUUUUUCAGUACAACACUAGAAUAGGUGGUGGUGGUCAUGCUUAUGGUAGACAUGGUCGUCGUCCUCAUCGUCAUGGUCAUCAUUGCUGUAAUAUUAAGAUGGUCCCCAGUAUUUUACUGUCCCAAGUGAAACCUCCCCCCAAUUUCUUUGGUGGAUCCAUUGAUAAAAUGUUUGUUUAUCUGAUAGAGAAUGGUCGUAUGUUUGCUUUAAAGAAGCAUAAUUUGUUCGAUCUGACAGUUUCUGAUAAAGCCAGACAUAUUCAUGUCCCUCAAGGUUUUGGAGACAGACGACCAGUGAGGAUUGCUCCCUUGGUUAUUACUGAAAAUAACCUGAUUGCGGGAUACGAUAAGGAGAAUAAAAACAUUAAGAUCCUCACAUUUGAUGGUCGGCUUCUGGAUUCUAUCAAAUUGAAUGUUGAUUACGAUAUCAAAAUGUAUCGAUGGCAGUCAAACACACUGGUUAUUACGACUAAGGAUUAUGGUGAGAAAUAUGGACUGUUGACAUUAAAAGUGGAAUUUCCAUUGUCGUUGGUAAUAUACCAGACGAAAAAUACCUAUAGCUAUAUCGCUUCUUUUUCAAAUAAUCAACUGCUGCUUUAUAAAUUGGAAAGUGGUGGUGGAGUUAGUUUAUAUGUCAUUGAAAUUGAUGAAAUACAUUUGACUGUGAAUGAAAUUAAAAAAAUAGACAUAUCUGAACCAUUAACAAGAAAGAGACUUAAUAUUAAUCCCCAUGUUGGUAUUAUAAUUACUGCUGAUGAUGUCAUCAUUGUCAACACCUCUAGAUUCGUCAUUUUUGUCAAUAGUGACGGUCAAUAUUUACAUUCAGUUAGACACUAUAUGGCAGGUUUUGGUUAUUAUGACAGGACGACAAUUGACGACAGUUAUUUGUACAUUCAAGGUGAGUGGGAUAAGUAUUGUGGUUACGCUGAAUAUAGAAAAAUUGUGUGUUUGACACAAACUGGGGAAUACUACAAAAUAUUUUUAAAUCAAAGAUUUUAUAAACAUAAAGUAGAUUUCUCCAGUAUAAACUGUAAGGGACCAAAGUUUGCUGGAAGCUGCCACCAGGAAGAGAAUAAAUUAUAUAUUGAAGGGUUGUUUAUGGUUAAUCGAGAAAGUUUCUCUGUUUAUCGUUUGCAAACAGACAAAUGUUCUGUUCAAGUAAAAGAUAUUGAUAUCUCUGACGAAGGAAAGACAGUUGUAUGUGAAAAAGCCAAUAGUGGAAAUGUUGAAAUAUUUGAUGAAGACGGGAGGUUGCUAUGUCACAGAAAUGUUGGAAGUUUAGUUGGUGGUGUGUGUUUUACAGAAGAAAGAGACGUAAUGGUCACACUUCCACAAAGACAAGAAAUAUUUCAACUAACGCAACAAGAUUUAGAGAAAUAUAAAGUAUGGCAAAGUGAGGUACCUUAUGGUGUAAUAUGGAGGAAAGUGGGAAAUAUUUACUGGUGUCUACAUAUUAACUUGAUUGAAUGUCAUAGCAUAAAGAUUGAUGGGGACCAAGUGAACAUUCUGGAAUCUGUGUCGUUAGUAAAGCUUAAUUCUAGUCUUCAUUUCCUUUCCAAUAAAUCCCAGAUGAACAACGAAAUAUUCAGUAAUGAGUUAACUAAUAGACUGAAAUAUAGUGGGAAAGAUGAAGAAGGGAGAAGAGGUAAGUCAGGUGAAAUAAUUGGUGAAGGUAGAUUAAAGGUGAGAUGUGGUAGUUACAUAGCGGAGAGUAUGUUAGGAAGUGACGAAAUAUCCGUGAGGAGACUUCCAUAUAGAACAGCAAUGGUCCCUCUUUCCAUUCCUGCAUUCGACGAACCUAUUAAUUAUAAUUAUGUUGACAUUAGGGACUACAACAGCAAACUAAUUAAGUUAGACGACAAUGUGUAUGUGUUGAUGUUUAGAGAUACUGUCACAUUAAUUAGCAGAACCACAGGUGACAUACUUCAACAUAAACAACUACCAAAACAACAACCACUAGGUAUAUGUCGGUGGACAGAUGAACGAUUCAUAGUCGUCUUUGAUGUUGUUGAUAUCAACGAUGGGACAUGUAAAUAUGAAGUGUGUCUUGGAGAAACGAUGAAAUAUGGAAAAUAUGAGGGAGAUGCGGUGGUGUUCGAUGUAGCAGUGACAGCUUUUGGUGAUGUUGUUGUUGUGAGAGCGGAGUAUGAAGAGGAGGAAGACUUGAAUUAUGAUUAUGAUUUCUGUCUUGUUGACUGGUACAGGGAAGAGUCGUUGGUCAGGAGGAUAGAGCUAGUACCAGGAGAAAUUAAUUUCAAAUUUGAUAUCUACAGACCUUGUCUGACAGUAGUUGGUGAAUAUGUUUAUAUAACAGAUUUAGAAAACAAUAUAUACCAAAUACCUGGACAAACUGAACAUCAAACAUCUGAAAAUACAGCAAAAUAUUUGCUACUCAGGUGGGACGAUAAUGAAGUAUUCCAAGUUCUUGGUUUUGAUGCUUCAGAUAAUUCUUUCAUGGUUUUUGGAAUUAUUCCAGGACGUCAAUCCUUUGCUUUCUUUCAUUAUGACAAAUAA